AUGGCAACCAAUUCGCCCAACCCUCUACCUUUCUCCGAACCGCCCUACCUCCGCGGUCUGCCAUCACCAUACUACAGCGAGUCGCAUCUGGAAUUCCAGAAGAAAUGCCGCGCCUUCCUUUACGAAAAUCUCCAUGUACACGCCCUCGAGUACGAGCGCGAGGGCUUUGUUCCCGAGCAUGUCUUUGAGACGUUCGCAAAACACAACAUGAUUCUUCCCAACCUUCCAGCUCCAUUGCCCGUGCAGUGGCUGAAGAGACUUGGCAUCAAUGAUAUUUUGGGAGUCAAAGUCGAAGAGUGGGAUUAUAUACACACAGGAAUUUACACCGAUGAAAUGUCUAGGUCCGGUCUCUCAGGCCCCUCUACCUCGUUAACGGCCGGCAUGGCAUUCGGAAUUCCACCAAUCAUAAAAUUCGGCUCUCCUGAACUCCAAGAACGAUUUCUGCCGGAUCUGUUGACGUGCAAAAAGAGAAGCUGCAUUGCCAUUACGGAGCCUGAUGCGGGAAGCGACGUGGCCAAUAUCACGACAACCGCCGAAAAGUCCGCCGACGGAAAAGAAUAUAUCAUUAAUGGCGCGAAGAAAUGGAUUACCAAUGGAAUCUGGGCCGACUAUACCACCAUGGCUGUCCGUACGGGCCCUCCGGGCUCUGGGGCAGCCGGUCUGUCUCUGAUUGUGGUGCCUCUAAAGGACCAGGCCGGUGUAAACAGGCGCAAGAUUAGGAUCUGCGGCUCGGAAACGUCAGGUACCACUUACAUCGAACUCGACGAUGUGCGCGUGCCCGUAUCCAACCUGGUCGGCACAGAAGGCGCCGGCAUGAAGUACGUGAUGACCAACUUCAACCACGAACGGCUCACGAUCGCCGUUGGAAUCGUACGACAAGCCCGCGUUGCGCUGUCGACCUCGUUUGAAUACGUCCUCCAGCGAGAGGCUUUCUCCCAACCACUGAUUGCACAGCCCGUCGUCCGUCAUCGACUAGCCAAGGCUGGUGCAGAGCUGGAGACUCUCUCUGCCUGGGUUGACCAGUUCCUCUACCAGAUGACCAAGCUGAGCAAGCAGGAUGCCGAUCGAGAGCUCGGCGGAUUGACGGCUCUGGCUAAGGCCAAGGCCGGUAUGGUGAUCAACGAAUGCGCGCAGUGCGCAGUGCUUCUAUUUGGAGGAAAUGGUAUGACGCGCACGGGGCGAGGAGAGCUUGUUGAGCGGAUAUACAGAGAUGUCCCCACGGCGAGGAUCCCCGGUGGAUCGGAGGAUGUGUUGUUGGAUUUGUCUGUGCGGCAACUUGUCAAGAAUUACCAGAAUGGCCUCAAGAAACUGCAACGGGGGUCUAAAAUGUAG